AUGAAAAAAACAUUGAUGGAUAAACCAAAUGAAUAUUUAUAUGAAAUAGAUUGUAAAAAUUUAAUAAAUAAUAAACCCGAAAAUAUAAUGAAUGAAAAUAAUUCUAAAAAAUGUAAUAUCCAAAAUUUAUAUAUACAAAAUAAGUUGUCGGGAAAAGACCAAAGUAUAAAUAUCGACCAUCACAAAGAAAACAAAAUGAAUGGUAAUAGAAAUGUUUAUACUAUUGGUGAAAACAUUUUAACAAACAUUAGUCGUAGUGUAUAUAAAGAUAUAAUAGCAAGUUGCGAUGAUACAAAAGGAAGUGAAGCUGAAAGAAGUGAAAGUAAAAGUAGUGAAUAUAAUGGCGGCGUAAAAAAACAGUUUAACAUACUAAUAGAUAAGGAAAAUGCAAUAAAUAGCAUUUUGAGCUCAACCUAUGCAGGGGUAAUAUCCAGAACGGUCACUGCACCUUUAGAUCGAAUAAAAUAUAUAAUGCAAAUAACAAAUAAUUUAACAAUUUCUGAAAUAUUUGAUAUUAUAAAAAAGGAUGGACAAAUUUGUGGAUUUUUUAGAGGGAAUUGUGUUAAUAUUGUUAAAAUAAUUCCUGAACUGUCUAUAAAAAUGUAUUCCUAUGAAUUUAUGAAAGUAAAUGUUUAUAAUUAUUAUAAUAAAAAUAAAAAAAAUAAUAAUGAAUCUGAUAAACUUGAAGAAAAUAUAGAUAUACCAUUUUUUAUUCGGUUUUUAAUUGGAAGUUCAAGUGGUGUUAUAGCAGCUAUAUUUAUAUAUCCCUUUGAAAUUGUAAAAACUAGACUAAUUGUAUCAAAUAAAGAUGGAAAUAAUGGAAUUUUUAAAUGUCUAUAUAAUAUUUAUAAAUAUGAAGGCUUUAGAAAUUUUUAUAAUGGUUUAUGUAUGCAUAUAUAUGGUGUUAUAUUUUUUUCAGGAUGUAACAUGAGUAUAUAUGAUUAUUUAAAAUAUAAAUUUUUUGCGUUUUAUAAAAAUUAUAUUCAUUCAAAUUAUUGUAUGAAGGAAAAUAAUAAUAAUAAAAUUAAAAAUGAAGAAAAUACAGAAAAGGAUAAACAAAAUUACAAAGAUAUAAAUACUAAUAAUUAUUAUCAAAUAAAUAAAUUUCCAUAUAAUUAUAAUUCAACAAAAUUUCUAAAUCGACAUGAAAAAAUAAAUCAAGACUCUCAUUGUGUAUAUUGUAAUCAUCGUAUAAAAAAUGUAAAUUGUCUUUCCUUUCUUUUUUUUGGAAUUACAAGCUCAUUCAUUGCUCAAAUUGUAAGCUAUCCAUUUCUAGUUUUAAGGACAAGAAUGCAAACUAUUAAUAAUGAGAUUGCGACAAACUAUUUAAACAAUGAAAGGAAACACAUUAAAUCUUGCAGCUUCAUUUUGUACAACAUUCGAGUCUACGGAUUUAAGUCCCUCUAUCGAGGAAUUUACGUGAAUUUGCUGAAAACGAUCCCCGCAACGUCCAUAACCUGGUUCUCGUACGAGUACGCAAUGAGGAAAUUGAAAAGUGUUUAG